CACCUGCGUGGUCCCCGGGAGCUGUAAACAAGGUGUGCAAGGGUUGGAAGAGCUGUCGGGAUGCAGCAGCCAAGAGGAGCAGCAGGAGGCCGUGGCUGCGCUCUCUUUCCACUGCUGAGCAUUCUAUUUGUGCAGGGUGUGCAUACCGUCCUUUCUUUGGAGAUAAGUGCAGAUGCCCAUGUCCGAGGAUAUGUUGGAGAAAAGAUCAAGCUGAAAUGUACCUUCAAGUCGUCUUCAGAUGUCACUGACAAACUGACCAUAGACUGGACAUAUCGCCCCCCCAGCAGCAGUCGCACAGAAUCUAUUUUUCAUUACCAGUCUUUCCAGUACCCAACUACAGCGGGCACCUUCAGAGACCGGAUUUCCUGGGUUGGAAAUGUGUACAAAGGGGAUGCGUCCAUUAGCAUCAGCAAUCCCACUCUAAAAGACAAUGGGACAUUCAGCUGUGCUGUGAAGAAUCCUCCAGACGUGUACCACAAUAUCCCCCUGACAGAGCUCACAGUCACAGAAAGGGGUUUUGGCACCAUGCUGUCCUCUGUGGCCCUUCUCUCCAUCCUUGUCUUCAUCCCCUCGGCUGUGGUGGUCAUUCUGCUGCUGGUGAGAAUGGGGAGGAAAGCAACGGGGGCUAAGAAGAGGAGCAGGUCUGGCUAUAAGAAGUCUUCCAUUGAAGUUUCUGAUGACACUGAUCAGGAGGACAACAACGACUGUAUGGCCAGGCUUUGUGUCCGUUGUGCGGAGUGUCUGGAUUCAGACUAUGAAGAGGCGUACUGACGAAGUGUGUGUGUUGGAAGAAGUGUUACCUAACAGCAGGAAAUACCCCAUUCCCCUGGCCAGGAGUGCCACUGGUGGGGACAGCAGUGACAGAAGAAUCUGAAGGUCAUCAGUGAAGACUUUAAGGACCAUUUAUUUAUUGAAGAAGUGUUCAUUUUGUAUUUAUAAACUGUUUGGAAACUUCCAGAAGGGACUCAUGCCUUCCCUUCUUAACACGCUCCAACUGAACAAAGAAAUUCUUGUCUUGAGCAGAAACACACCCCUUGGUUUACCUUCGCUCUUGAAUGUAGUUCGUGUUUUCUUCCAGUUGCCUGAAGGAGAAUACUAAAUGUCUGUCACUCUGCAAUGCCAAACUUGUACUUUUUAAUGAUGUGGAGCUUGUAGCUUCCUGAUGACGUGCCAAUGAACAUCACACGUGUUUGGGAUGGGUAUCCUUUGCUUCUUCACCAAUGUUUUCUGUUGCAAGUAUUCAGUAUGAACUAUGUGGUUUAAUGGUCAUCAGUUGUGUAUGGGUGGCAUGGAGUGUUUGACCCCAAUUUUGUUAGACUCAGUAGCCUCUCAAGUUGUAGGCUUGCUUUGACUGGGUCUCUGAAGUAUUAAAGUGUUGCCAAUUUACAGUUAAGGAACCAAAUUUUGAGGUAGAGUAGUGUUUCUCAUUUGUCUUGCGAGGUACAUUUUGGGCCAAAGAAUCUGUUAUUUUGUGUUCCUAUAGCUGACUAAGUUGUGGUUUCCUCCUUGGUUUCUUAAGUCAGAGGUAAGAAAUGCCUCUUGAGAAGGUUUUUAGGAGAGACUUAUGAAAUAUUUUUUGUAGUCCUUUGCUUUAAGUCUUUCCACUUUUCUUGUGUUGUUGUUUAGAACUUCUAGUUCCAAGUUGCAAUAGCGAUGGGCACAUUAUUGUGUCUGAAAGCUGGUUUUCUCAGUACUGGAGAUGAGGAAGUGAGAUUGCACAGAGCAUCUCCUUUCUCUUCUCUCCAUGCCUUGUAGCCCACACCACUGCUAUACUGUAGCAACUUAUUUAAAAUUUUAAUUUAUAGUAGGUUUUCUAUAAACCAGUAAGAUGUACCUGACAUGCCAGGAAGGACUGACCGCAUGUGUGCAAACGGCCCUCUCUAUGGAGUGACAGGGCUCACUUCUUGAUUGUGAGUCACAAAUGACCCCUUCCCCAGCCUUGGUUGUUUCAACAUGGUGGUCUUAUUCAUAGUUCUUCCUAAAGUGGCUUGGGAGGGCUCCAUAUUAGUGUUAUAAACUAUGUAUCUUAUAAAAGUCAUUCUACUUACCACCAAGAUCUUAUUUUUGAAACUGGGAUCGUUAACUCUGCUUUGAAGAUUUGUUAAUCUAGCCUGCUGAUCCACGAAUCUGAGUAGCUGAUAAGGGCUGUGAUUUACCCCUGGUCAUGGAAACCCAUCGAAGGGGCAAAGGAGGAACUGGCAUUCUGCAUCUCUGGUGCUUAGACUUCUUCAUGGUUCUUUGGGCUACUUGUUAAAGAUGUGAUUGUCUGCAGUCACUCCAGUGAGACAGAUCAACACAGAGAAGAUAGCUCUUGCAGAUCUGAAGAGAAUGAUCCAGUUAUGAGGGGGGCAUGCUGUGGGCUUCAUUGCUGUGGCAGAGAUGUUACAAGAACCCAUUUAAACCAUCAUCCUGUGAAAGUGGGGGAUCAGUUUUGGUGUCUUAGGAUUUUCCUGCAAGUGUGUUGUGAGGCUUUGUCUAGCUCAGACAUUGGUGAGUUAGGUGACCAAUGCCUGAUGAAUACACACACGUUGUUGUGCUCCUUGUUUUGAAAUGGUUCUUUUCUUUUAAAUGACAGACCACUGAAAUCCAUCAUUGUAGGGGAGUCAAUAAUUUUAUUUGUUCCAUGGGUUUGUGGUCGAAUCCCAGGCUUAGGCUCUUCAGUUUCCUCCUUCACUCUGCUGCCGAGGUUUGCGCCAUAGCUUUUUGAUCCUAAGGGCAAUAAGGCAGUCUAUGGAACACUACCUUCUUUAAGAAUGAAUGUAAGAUAAAAGGGUUUUGUUUGUUUAACUUACUGUUUUAAUAUCUUCUAAGUUGCCAUUCUCAUACUCUCCCCUCCCCCUUUUUGCUGCUCUGUGGGCUCAAACCACAUGACAUUAUAGCAUUGUCUGGGAAGAGAUUUAAGUCUUUCAUUGUGGUUGUAUCAUCUUCUGAGUUUUAUGCAUUUAACUCUUAAAACUGUUAUAAAAUGUGAAUUUAUAAAGUCCUUUGUUUUCUCCCUGUGACCUGUUACUUCAGGUUACUUGGGGACAGGCUACUUGGGGACAUCUUAACUGUCUGCAGCUCCUGAAUCAGGCAAUGGUGCUUUAGAAGGGAAAGUUGCCUCUCCCUCGUGUGUGUGUGUGUGUGUGUGUGUGUGUGUGUGUGUGUGUGUGUGUGUGUUACAACAAUAGAAAACCUGGAGGACAAAUCCUGAGCUAGAAUGUUCUGUUGUAUCACUGAGCUCCCAUUCUGAAGAGGAGCUCUAAGAAGAUCCAUGGAGCAGACCGAGACUCGUAUUUAAUUUUAUAGCUCAAAACUCUCCAGUGGUGAACUCUUCACUGCUGUAUUUCAUUGACUUUUAAAAUUAAACUUUUUGUUUUCUGGAAGGCCAUGAGCUGUAAGGCUGCGUGCAUAGACACUGUGACUCAUGGAAUCUUUACUCCACUGUAGUUAAUAAACUUCUUUGCACCUUGCGGCUACCCUUUUCAUGUCUGUCUGCAUUAAAAAGAGAAGUAUCAUAUGAAAGACAGGGGGUUUGUGGUUUUCAACAUUGAGAAAACUCUCUGAGCUGUAUGCCAGCAAGACUGUGAAUAGAUCCAGUGGCCUGAUCACACAGCAGGAGCUGAUGAUUGCAUUUCUAGAAAUUUUGUGAGCCAAGUGGCUAACUAUUGGUGGCAUGAAAUAGACUGUAGUGGGAAUAUUUACACAUAGCCCAUGCAGCAUGGUUCUUGAGGCAAGAAAACAUUCAAUAGUUUUCAGGACAGGACACACUCCAAAGGAUGAGUAUACCCAGGCUUGGGUCAAUCCAGGAGAGCUAAGGGUGAAUGUGUGUGUGUGUGUGUGUGUGUGUGUGUGUGUGUGUGUGUGUG